GCAUGGCCGCUUCCGCUUCCGUCUCGCGUCACUUUCCUCCUCCACCUCCUCCGAACGCGUUUCUCUCCCUUUCUCUCUCACUCUCCUUGUGAAAUAAUAUUGAAGUCCUUAAACUCGAAAGAGUAAUCCUUGACUCACAGCAAGAUGGUCAGGGAGGAUAAGACAACGUGGAAAAGCAACUACUUCGUUCGGCUGGUGCAGCUGCUGGACGAAUACCCAAAAUGCUUCAUCGUUGGUGUAGACAAUGUCGGCUCAAAGCAAAUGCAGACAAUUCGCGUCUCGCUUCGCAACCAUGCUUGUCUGCUUAUGGGAAAGAACACCAUGAUCCGAAAAGCCAUCCGAGGACACCUCGAGAGCAACCCCGCUUUGGAAAAGCUGCUCCCACACAUCAAGGGAAACGUGGGCUUCGUGUUCACUAAGGAAGACCUGACGGAAGUCCGAGAGAAGAUCCUGGACAACAAAGUGAAGGCCCCAGCCCGCGCCGGAGCACUGGCUCCUCUGGACGUCAUGAUUCCCCCACAGAACACGGGUCUUGGCCCCGAGAAGACAUCUUUCUUCCAGGCCUUGCAGAUCCCCACCAAGAUUGCCAAGGGUACCAUCGAAAUCCUCAACGAGAUUCACCUCAUCAAGAAGGACGACCGCGUAGGAGCAUCCGAAGCCACACUUCUCAACAUGUUGAACAUUUCUCCAUUUUCGUAUGGUCUUAAGAUCCUCCAGGUGUACGACUCCGGAACCGUCUUCUCCCCCGACGUCCUCGACAUCACGCCGGAGGAUUUGAGAUCCGCAUUUGUUGAUGGAGUUCGCAACAUCGCCUCGGUGUCCCUCGCCAUCGGAUACCCGACGGUCGCUUCGGUACCGCACUCCAUCGUCAACGGCCUCAAGAACCUCAUCGCUGUGGCGGUCGAGACCGACAUCAGCUUCCCAGCAGCUGAAAUGGCCAAGGAGUAUCUGAAGGAUCCAUCCAAGUUUGCAGCUGUUGCUGCAGCAGCUGCACCAGCCGGAGGUGGUGAUAAGGCAGGCCAGCCGGAGGCCAAAAAGGAAGAAGCCAAGAAAGAAGAGUCGGAAGAAGAGGACGACGACAUGGGCUUCGGACUUUUUGACUAGAGCUUCCAUAUGGCAGGCUGCCGCACGACCACGUUGUUGUGUACAGAAUAAAGCCGUUCUGAGUAUAAUAUGA